GUCUUGUUUGCUUUUCUUCUUCCUCCAAUCCCAGUUCAUACAUAUGUGUUGCAUCGUUUUUCUUGGGGUGAAAUCAAGCAACGCGUAAAGCCGAAAUCUUUCGCCUCUCCCCUUAAAGAAGCAGGGAAUAAAGUUGCCCAUUAAGAAAGAAGGCACAGAGCAACAAGAGAAAGAAAAGGCCAUUGCUUGGUCAGAGAAAGAGAGAGGAGGUGGGGGGGCGGGGAACCAGGCAGAGUGUGUUGUGGUGCCAUUCACUUUGUAAUGGGACUAACAGAGCCUGUCAUGUGGAAGAACUUUUUCUGGGUUUUGUCGUGCUUAUUGUGGGUUUUUUUUCUUCUGUUGAAGCCUCUGUUACUUAUGAUUAUAAGGCUAUCACUAUCAAUGGCCAAAGAAGGAUCCUCAUCUCUGGAUCCAUACACUACCCAAGAAGCACCCCUGAGAUGUGGCCUGAUCUUAUUAUGAAGGCAAAAGCAGGAGGAGUUGAUGUGAUUCAAACUUAUGUUUUCUGGAAUGGGCAUGAACCUACACAAGGAGAAGGAAAUAAAAAUAAAUAAAGCUCGAGAUUUAACUCUGUUGUCCAUCAUUUUAAUUUUUUCUGGUUUUGUUUUGGCAGUACAAUUUUGAGGGGAACUAUGAUCUAGUAAAAUUCAUUAAGUUGGUGGAGCUAGCAGGUCUGUAUGUUCAUCACAGGAUCGGCCCUUACGUGUGUGCUGAGUGGAACGUUGGUGGGUUUCCUGUUUGGCUUAAGUACAUUCGAGGGAUGAACUUCAGAACUGACAAUGAACCUUUCAAGAAAGAGAUGCAAAAGUUCACCACGAUGAUUGUCAAUAUGAUGAAAUCAGAGAAAUUGUUCGAGUCUCAGGGUGGCCCAAUAAUCCUCUCUCAGAUUGAGAAUGAGUUUGGACCUGUGGAAUAUGAAAUUGGUCCACCUGGUCAAGUUUACACGAACUGGGCAGCAAAGAUGGCCGUUGCUCAGGACAUAGGCGUCUGUUGGGUCAUGUGCAAGCAACACGAUGCUCCUGAUCCUAUUAUUAACACUUGCAACGGUUUCUAUUGUGACUACUUCUACGCCAACAAACCUUAUAAACCCAAAAUGUGGACCGAAGCUUGGACCGGCUGUAAUAAUAUCUCACAACAGUGCUAAGAAUAUUCCUAAAAGUGCUACGGAAUUGGCUGAUUCGAAAGUACUUAUGGAGGCCAUAAUGAGUUAGAUGAAGCGUGUGAUGAGGUUGGAGUUAGAGCAGGUGUCAGCACCCCAUUUUGGCUCACCAAUUCAUGCGAUGUCUAUCAACAACAAUCUAGACUACGAAUUGAGCAUCGAUACAGAAGAAGGCUUGACAGAGCAGCAAAUUGCUAUUCAUUCUCAAGUCAAUAGGAAUAGGCAGAUGAUUCAAGCACAUGACAGAAGAUCAUACAGAAUCAUCCAGCGACAUACAGAGCAAACAAGGAGCCCAGACGGCAUCCAAACCAGUGUUUUCAGAAUACAUCGUCAACAGUGCUAUUUUCUACUGGUUCGCUCGAUCAUCAGAAAAUAUCCAAUAUUGGACUCCAAAAAUCCCUUGCGGUGCCAAAUGGAGGAAAAACGUCUCAGAACACAUUUUACAGAUCAUCUGCUCUAUACAGAGCAAUUUUCUAAAUACAGACAACUUUUCAGUGGGAGCCCUAAAAUGCCGGUUCACUAGAGAAAAGUUAAUAUCCGACGUUAGAUGCAAUCACAUCCAACAAUUAUAUAGAGUGAUGCAAAUCGUAGCAUGACUUCAAGGGAUCCAGUUCAAGUUUCAAUUGGAUCGAUUACGCGAGCACGAGCAAAGAAGUUUAAAGACGAACUCAACGGCCUGAUUCAAGAGGUUU